UCUCCUCCAACCGUAUAUUCCAUUUAUUUUUCUCUAUUGAAAUGUGGCCUUGACUCCUGUUAUUAGUAAGCCGUUUUUGGAUUUACACGCCAAAACAAGAAAAGCAAAAAAAGAAAAAAACAAGAAAAAGAGAAACUUUGGCAACUUGUAUCUGUCGAGCGUGGAAGGCCACUCUGUCAAAUGCCGCUUCUGUGUCAAAGGACUCCUCUGCUUCUCUCUUUCUUCUUUCGCAGGGGAGAAUAAAGAAAAGAAACCAAAAAAAUUAGGUGAAAUGGGUGGGACUUCGGAAAUAUUCAUUGAUUUGCGUAGACGGGGCAAUGUUCUCGUGAUGUCAGGCACCGCAGGGUUAAGUGUUUGAAUGUCCGUGAUUGAGAAUCAUCACUCUUGGUGGCUUAAAAAAUUCAAUUCAUAUUUCCUUUGUUGAGGAUAUAUGGAAGAGCUGAAAGUGAAAACGCAAGACAAGCCGGCCUCUACGAGAGAAAUUUUCUGCCUUUCUGGACCUUUGCACCUCACCGCAGUUGACUGGAAAAACUUUCAUCACCGAAGAUCUGUUGCUGCAAGCUUGGUUCAGGGAGUGUACAUUCUAGAACGUGACCGCCAACAGAAUCGCCAAGGCCCCCAAGCUCAUGCACCGCCUUGGUGGGACUUCUUCAAUUUCCAAUUGAUCCAUCUUCUUGUAGAUGAUGUUGAUAGCUCCAUUUUUGGUGCCGUUUAUGAAUUCAAGCCUUUGGCUUUCAAAAACAAACAUUCAGCCCAAAAUGCUCCAAAUUAUGUUAUUGCCUUCCGGGGCACCAUAAAUAAGUCAGACUCCAGGUCUCGUGAUCUCAAGUUGGAUCUCCUGUGCAUCCGUAAUAGACUGCAUGAAAGCUCCCGUUUUCAGCUUGCAAUGCAGGCUGUGGAAAGUGUGAUUGCUGUUGCUGGAACUUCAAGUAUUUGGUUAGUUGGCCAUUCACUUGGAUCAGCUGUUUCAUUGCUUGCUGGGAAGAACAUGACUAAGAUGGGUUAUAGUGUUGAAACUUACCUCUUCAAUCCCCCAUUCUUGUCUGUCCCUGUAGAAAGAAUCAAGAAUGAAAAGUUGAAGCAUGGGAUUCGCAUUACAAGCAGCAUAGUCAAAGCUGGGCUCGCUGUUGCUGUGAAGGGUCACCAUCAGAGGCAUCAGCAAGCUAAUACAUUUCUUUUACUCUCUGCAUGGAAACCAUACCUGUUUGUCAAUCCUGCAGAUCAUAUAUGCUCAGGGUAUAUUGGCUAUUUUGAACACAGGAAGAAGAUGGAGGAGAUUGGGGCUGGAAAAAUUGAGAGGAUUGCAACACAGAAUUCUAUAGGGAGUCUAUUGUCAGGUUCAGCACAGAGUGAUUCAGGACCACUGCAUCUGCUUCCUUCAGCCUAUCUCACUAUUAAUUUGAGUCAGUCUCCAGAUUUCAAACGAGCUCAUGGAAUUCACCAGUGGUGGGAUCCUAGUUUUGAUUGUCGGUCAGAACUGCAUGAGUACAGGUAAUCCAUGUUCUGGCGUGACCUCUCUAGUGGAAGGCAAGUUAAUUAAAAGAACACUGCGGAGGGAAAAAGUUAGAUCACUGACAUGUUGGUGGAAGAACCUGGGUAUUGUAAUUUCCACUCGUUUGAUACCUUCAUUCUAAUGUAGACUGCAGAGGGAAAAAGUUAGAUCACUGACAUAUUGGUGGAAGAGCCUGGGUAUUGUAAUUUCCACUCGUUUGUUACCUUUAUUCUAAUGUAGACACUGAAGAAAAUAGAUUGAUCUUCUGUUUCCUUUUUCCAUGA